AUGGCUGAAGAAGAGAUUGCUGCAUUAGUUGUCGACAAUGGCUCUGGUAUGUGCAAAGCCGGUUUCGCUGGAGAUGAUGCUCCACGUGCUGUGUUCCCAUCAAUUGUCGGUCGUCCACGUCAUCAAGGUGUGAUGGUUGGAAUGGGACAAAAAGAUUCUUAUGUUGGAGAUGAAGCUCAAAGCAAACGUGGUAUUCUCACCUUGAAAUAUCCAAUUGAGCACGGAAUCGUCACCAACUGGGAUGAUAUGGAAAAAAUCUGGCAUCACACUUUCUACAAUGAAUUGCGUGUUGCCCCUGAAGAACAUCCAGUCUUGUUGACUGAAGCCCCAUUGAAUCCAAAAGCAAACAGAGAGAAGAUGACUCAAAUCAUGUUCGAAACUUUCAAUACACCAGCAAUGUACGUUGCCAUCCAAGCUGUGCUCUCCUUGUACGCUUCUGGUCGUACCACCGGUAUUGUGUUGGAUUCUGGUGAUGGCGUUUCGCACACAGUCCCAAUUUAUGAGGGAUACGCUUUACCUCAUGCCAUUCUCCGUUUGGAUUUGGCUGGUCGUGAUUUGACUGAUUUCCUUAUGAAAAUUUUAACUGAACGUGGCUACACAUUCACAACCACUGCCGAACGUGAAAUUGUCCGUGACAUCAAAGAAAAAUUAUGUUACGUCGCCUUGGACUUUGAACAAGAAAUGGCCACAGCAGCAUCAUCAAGUUCUUUGGAGAAAUCUUAUGAACUUCCUGACGGACAAGUCAUCACAAUCGGAAAUGAACGUUUCCGUUGUCCUGAGACAAUGUUUCAACCAUCAUUCAUUGGAAUGGAAUCUAACGGUAUUCACGAGACAACAUACAACUCAAUCAUGAAGUGCGAUGUUGAUAUCCGUAAGGACUUGUACGCCAACACUGUUCUUUCGGGAGGUACCACAAUGUUCCCUGGAAUCGCUGACCGUAUGCAGAAAGAAAUCACUGCUUUAGCACCAUCAACAAUGAAGAUCAAGAUAAUUGCACCACCAGAACGUAAAUACUCUGUCUGGAUUGGUGGAUCCAUUUUAGCCUCGCUCUCAACCUUCCAACAAAUGUGGAUCAGCAAACAAGAAUAUGAUGAAUCCGGCCCAUCAAUUUCGAGUAAAGGAAAAAUAUACAAAUUAAAAAUCAAAAUGUGUGAAGAAGAAGUUGCUGCAUUAGUUGUCGACAAUGGCUCCGGUAUGUGCAAAGCCGGUUUCGCUGGAGAUGAUGCUCCACGUGCUGUGUUCCCAUCAAUUGUCGGUCGUCCACGUCAUCAAGGUGUGAUGGUUGGAAUGGGACAAAAAGAUUCUUAUGUUGGAGAUGAAGCUCAAAGCAAACGUGGUAUUCUCACCUUGAAAUAUCCAAUUGAGCACGGAAUCGUCACCAACUGGGAUGAUAUGGAAAAAAUCUGGCAUCACACUUUCUACAAUGAAUUGCGUGUUGCCCCUGAAGAACAUCCAGUCUUGUUGACUGAAGCCCCAUUGAAUCCAAAAGCAAACAGAGAGAAGAUGACUCAAAUCAUGUUCGAAACUUUCAAUACACCAGCAAUGUACGUUGCCAUCCAAGCUGUGCUCUCCUUGUACGCUUCUGGUCGUACCACCGGUAUUGUGUUGGAUUCUGGUGAUGGCGUUUCGCACACAGUCCCAAUUUAUGAGGGAUACGCUUUACCUCAUGCCAUUCUCCGUUUGGAUUUGGCUGGUCGUGAUUUGACUGAUUAUUUGAUGAAGAUUCUCACUGAACGUGGAUACUCUUUCCCAACCACUGCCGAACGUGAAAUUGUCCGUGACAUCAAAGAAAAAUUAUGUUACGUCGCCUUGGACUUUGAACAAGAAAUGGCCACAGCAGCAUCAUCAAGUUCUUUGGAGAAAUCUUAUGAACUUCCUGAUGGACAAGUCAUCACAAUCGGAAAUGAACGUUUCCGUUGCCCAGAAGCUCUCUUCCAACCAUCAUUCUUGGGAAUGGAAGCUUGCGGUAUUCACGAGACAACAUACAACUCAAUCAUGAAGUGCGAUGUUGAUAUCCGUAAGGACUUGUACGCCAACACUGUUCUUUCGGGAGGUACCACAAUGUUCCCUGGAAUCGCUGACCGUAUGCAGAAAGAAAUCACUGCUUUAGCACCAUCAACAAUGAAGAUCAAGAUCAUUGCACCACCAGAACGUAAAUACUCUGUCUGGAUUGGUGGAUCCAUUUUAGCUUCACUCUCAACCUUCCAACAAAUGUGGAUCAGCAAACAAGAAUAUGAUGAAUCUGGCCCAUCAAUUGUUCACCGCAAAUGCUUCUAAAUCAAUCGUAUUCGUAUUCAAUUAACAUCAAAAAUCAAAACCUACAUCA